GUUAUCCGUCAAUCGUUGAUGGUCCCGUAUUAUUUCUUCGGGUCGGUGUUUAUUGUUAGACAAUUCAUUUUUGUUUACUUUUAUUCUAGUUGUUUACAUUUGAUUUCGAUUUAAUUAUUAAAAGUUUGUCUUUUAUAUGUUAUACAUCAUAGUAGGCUUUAAUCCUUUAGUUUUUAAAACAAUUAUUAAUCAUAUUAAGAUUAAAUGACUUUUAUUUCUAAAAACUAAUUACAUUCCUCUAAGUGUCACACAACACCUUCAUUGAAGAACUUUGUUGAACCGUUACACGUUACGUGAGUUACUUACUGUACCAGAAGGGAAUCGGUAAUUUCAAUUGCAACUUUUCCCAAUUUCUUAUUACUGUUAUUAAAAAAAAGCGUACUCUACAAUGUAAUAAAUACGUUUUAAAAAAAUUAUUUAUUAAUAGAUGAAUGGAGAACAUGAUUUGCAUCUUUAAAAACUCUGUAACAGAAAUUCAUUUGUCAAUAAUGGUGAAUAUUUGGAAACUGUUUUAAUUAAAUUAACAUGUGUGUUAAAAUACUGAACAGUAUUUUUUUCUAAAUGAAAAUAUGACAUUUUUCAAUGAUUAUUCGCUUUUUAAAUCUGUCAUUUAAAGUGUAGUUAAAAUGUGGACUGAAGAAUAAAAAGCGAUAAAAAAAGAAAGGAAAAUGUAGUUCAUUUAAAAUCAAAUCAUUCAUUAGUAAUUUCAUUAUUAAUUUUUUUUUUUUUUUCAUUAAACUAUUACAAUGUUUCGUAAAUAUUUGGUCUUCUGAUUGUUUUGAAAUUACUUUUUUUUCGAAAAAUAAGAGUGGAAAAUUGAAUAAAUUUUAUCAACACAUAUUACAACACUAAUGCUAUUUACUACAGUGAAGUGCUAUUACAAUGUAUAUAGAACUCUUAAAGCCUUAAGUGUAGUGCUUGUGUCAUUAAAAUGCUAUCAAAAUUGUUUAUUUCUUCAAAACUGUGUAAACGUAAAAAAAUAAUUAAUAAAAUUCUGCUUUAUUGACCUUAAAGCCUACACAAAAUCAAGAAAAAUAUUAUGCUUAACAAGAAUUACAUUUAGAAACAUACCAUCAUCGGAGAGGUUUUUUUUUUUUUUUUUUUUUAAGAAAAAAGAUGGGUGGAUUCGAAGUAUACUUGAUGAGAGUAUAGAAGUGGGCGAAUAAUUAAUGUAAGGAGGAAAAAUAAGAAGUGUUAAAAAUGACUCUGAUCGCACCAAAGAACAGCUCUUCAAUAAUGCGGGACAAGGAAAACGUCCCAGCUUAUGAUAUAAAGCUUGAAAGAGUAUUGGGUGUAACCGUGUCAAGUAAUGCAGCUAUAGACUGUGAUUCAACCAGCGAGUUGAUCGCUUAUCCAGCAGGAUGUACUGUAGUACUUUUUCAUCCGCGUAAAAAUACUCAGACGCAUGUACUUAACGGUUGUCGAAAAACAGUAACAUCAUUGGCUCUAUCAGGAGAUGGCAGACUUUUGGCAACUGGUGAAUGUGGACACGUUCCUAAUGUUCGUGUUUGGGAUAUUUCGGAUCCACAAAAUGCCAUUCAAAUUACAGAAUUCUCUGGCCAUAAAUAUGGCAUUAAUUGCGUAGCGUUUUCACCUAGCAGUAAAUAUGUAGUUUCUGUUGGCUCACAACAUGAUAUGAUAGUAAAUGUCUGGGAUUGGAGAAACAAUGUAAAAGUAGCAUCAAACAAAGUUUCAAGUAAAGUAAAAGCCGUGUCUUUUGCUGAAAGUGGAAAUUAUUUUGUUACGGUGGGCAACAGGCAUGUCAAAUUUUGGUACCUGGAAUAUUCACGUAGUGCCAAGUACAAAGAACCAGUGCCUUUGAUGGGACGUUCUGCCAUAUUAGGAGAGCAAAGAAACAAUGACUUUGUUGAUGUUACAUGUGGUAAAGGCGAAAUGGCAGACUCCACAUAUGCUAUCACUAAAUCAGGUCUCUUAUGUGAAUUCAACAAUAGAAGAUUACUGGAUAAAUGGGUUGAGCUAAGAACUACUAGUGCUAAUUGUAUGACAGUUGGUGACAAAUAUAUUUUUAUCGGAUGUGCUGAGGGAAUUAUAAGGUGCUUUAGUCCUGUAACACUUCAGUUUAUUACUACACUGCCUAGGACGCAUUAUUUAGGAGUAGAUGUCGCUCAAGGAUUAACAAUUAGUCAUAUGUCACAACAUCCUGCAAAUGCAAAAUAUCCUGAUGCAAUAGCACUUGCUUUUGAUGAGAAAAAUAACAAAUUAACAUGUGUUUACAACGAUCACAGUAUCUAUGUUUGGGAUGUUAGAGAUAUCAGAAGAGUAGGAAAAUCGCAUUCUUUUCUUUAUCAUUCCGCUUGUAUUUGGGGCGUUGAAAUGUAUCCUGUGGGAGCAAAUUCUAUUGGCGCAAUGCCAAAUGGAAGUUUCAUUACAUGUUCUAGCGAUGAUACAAUUCGCAUUUGGAAUUUAGAUAAAGUACUAUCUACAACCAAUACGUUAUACAAGAAAAACAUAUAUAGCAAUGAAUUAUUAAAAGUUUUAUAUGUUGAUCCUGAGUUGACAUAUUUAAAAGAUCUUGAUUUAGCCGCUGCUGGUUCAACAGAAAAGAAUGAUGCUUCAUAUGAUGGAAGAAAUGGUGUUAGAUCAAUUAGAGUGAGUCCAGAUGGAAAACAUUUAGCUUCAGGAGACAGAUCUGGUAAUAUUAGAAUUCACGAUGUUUCAACCCUAGAAGAGCAGUGUCGAAUAGAAGCUCAUGAUGCUGAAGUUUUGUGUUUGGAGUAUUCUAAAUUUUCUCAACAUUCUUUAGACAAUCCUAAACUUUUGGCUAGUGCAUCUAGAGAUCGACUUAUUCAUGUUUUUUGUGUCAAUGAAGGAUAUAAUUUUUUGCAAACACUUGAUGAUCAUAGUUCAUCAAUAACAGCUGUUCGUUUCUUUAAUCAAACAAAUCAAAAUAAUCAACUUCAAAUGGUCUCGUGCAGUGCAGAUAAAAGUAUUAUUUUUCGUCAACUUCAAGAAACAACAGGAGGAUCAAUGCAGUUUACUAGGGGACAAAAUGCACAGGGAAAAACAACACUCUAUGACAUGGAAGUUGAUUCUGGUCAAAAAUACGUUCUUACUGCUUGUCAGGAUAGAAAUAUUAGAGUCUAUAAUGUAGCAACGGGUAAACACAGCAAGACUUUUAAAGGUUCUAUUGGUGAAGAUGGAUCGCUUAUUAAAGUUGUAUUAGAUGCUUCAGGAAUAUAUGUUGCUACAUCAUGUACGGAUAAGACAUUGUGUGUUUAUGAUUACUACAGUGGCGAAUGUAUGGCUACAAUGCUUGGUCAUUCUGAAUUGGUAACUGGUUUGAGAUUCAGUUCUGAUUGUCGUCAUUUGGUAUCCGCUAGUGGUGAUGGAUGUAUAUUUAUCUGGAAAGUACCACAUGAUAUGGUUGUCACAAUGCAUGCAAGACUCGCUCAACAAGCAAUGCGUGCUGGGAAAUGUUCAGUACAAUUAAAUGGUGAUGCCGUUGAUCUUCAAUUGGAUAAUGAAACAUUUGGUCCUCCAUCGGCGGAAUUUUUGGAUCCAAAUGCUAAUCAUCCGCAUCAUGAUGGAGGGAUUGAUUAUCGUUUUAGUAUUGGUCAACUUCCACUAUGGGCAAAGAAGCAAAUAAAUACAACGAAUAAUGAUAGUAAAACAUCGGGUAAUUCAGGUGCAAGAUCACUUUGUGUUGAUCUACCGAAGGGUCGAUGGGCUCAGAGAGUUCAGCAAGGAGAUGGAAUUACUGUUAAAUCUGUUUACGAUAGUGAUGAGGUAAUUCCAUUUCCACCUCCACGUGGAGGAAUAGACUCUGACGGUAAUGGUGGAGGUUGCUGUUCAAAAGACAGUUCCAUUGAUAGUGGCACUGAAACUAAAUGCAGUAGCGAUUAUCGUCGAGAGUCUAUAAUUAUCAAACGGGAAAGUGAAGAAACAGUUUUUCAAACAAGUCAAGAAAGAUACAGGGAACUGACAGAAAAUUCUAAACAGAUAAUGAGCGGUAAUAUAGUCCUGUUGAGGGAUAAUGAUACAACAGAACUAACACGACAGUCCAGAAGUCGACAUUACACUGAUGAUAGUAGUUUGGGCAGUUUCAAAUUUGAGGAUCAUGAAAGUACAGAACACGAUGGAGAUGUGGAAGAUUAUUCUGAAGGGGAAAAUGGAACAACAGGAUCGGAAAAAUCACACCACCGUCUUAUGUAUUAUCCUUCGGCCGAAGAUACAACUUCAAAUCAGUUUACUGUUAAUGCCAUGGACGUUGAAGAACUCAGGAGAUCACAAAGGCGAAUUAAAAAAUUAAAGGGCAAUGAAACUGGUAGAAAUGAAAUUAUUGCUUCAGGUAGUCAAGAUGAUUCUGACUCAGAAGGUGGAGCAUCGACGCCCAGUGCUGAAAGAAAUCCUCUGUCAAUGCUCUCUGAGGCUAGUUCAGUAGGCUUCGAUCAAUUAGUUAAUCAAAGUCACAGAGAAAAAUUUUUAAAAAACGCUUUCGAAUCUCUCAGUGGUACCGAAGAGCACAGCAAUAGAAUGAAAAGCACGAGUAUUAGUUCACAGUUCCAUGAAAGAACAAGUGGAAGUGGAGAAAAAUCAAAUUAUAAUAUAAGUAAUACUGUGAAUGCGUCAAAACAGGUCAAAAGUAAUGUAGACAUGGCAAGAAAAAGAGAAGAACUACAAAGAAGAAUAGAAGAAACGAGAAAAAAACUACAAAGUGUUGGUCAUAGGUCGGCAUUAAAAACAAGUCAAAGUAUAUCGGAUUUAAGUAGCCAUUUUACUGAUAAACAUCAUCGUCAAAACAGAAAUAAUACAGCAGUAGGCACUGUUGGAAAGCGACUGUCAUCAAAGGUUGUUGAUAGCGAAGACGAGGAUUCUGGCAUGAGGCGUGCCUGCUCAUUAAGUGAUCUGUCCAUCAAUCCACCCAACAAGUUAUUGCAUGGUUUAAUUCAAGUUCCAGGAAAACUACCCAAUAAAAUUGUCAACACUUCAUCACGAGGGGGAAUCGGAAAUCCAAAUGUAGGUAUAUCAAGACAUUCAAUUGCAAAAAGUCAUUCGUCUCAUAUGACUCGAAGUAGCAGUGUUGGUGUACUUAAUCAGAGUGAUUCUGAAUCGGAUGCCGGAGCAAGUGGUGUUGUUAGAGACUGGAAUAGUAAACCUGUAAAUAGUAGAAUAAAUGCUUUAAUGAGACCUACAAUUAGUUCUCAGAAUAAGGUCACUCACUUAGUGAAGACUAACUUUGGAUCAAAUAUUCCUUCCGUACUGCGAAGAAGAGGAAUGCAAGGAGCUUAUUCUACAAUGAAUUUAUGUCAAAUUAGUAAUCAAGAGGAUUCCAGCUCUGAAGAAACGUCUUCUAACGGAAAUGGAAAGCCAUCUUUACCUCUACGGCCUAGGAGUAUCAGUAUUGAUCAUUCCGCUGCUAGUGUAUGUAUUUCUGGACAAGGAAUGAAAAGGAUAGGUUCUUCUUACACAGUUAAUAAUCGACCUGUAGAGGGGAUAAGCGCUCAAAAUAAUUCAAGAUUUUCUUUAACGAAUAGAAAUCAACUUGAACCUAGUCCUCAUGAACUUCCUGUUAAAGACACUGAUUGCGGAAUCGACGUUACUAGUGCAGAUUUAGACAUGGAGGAAGAAUUAGUAUCAACACAACUAUGCAGUACCGUAGCUGAUGAAUUAACUCGCACGGCUGAUAAUGUUGUUCAACUUUAUAAACGACUUACUUUAAACGAUAGUGAUGAUCCUUCAAGUACGACAAUUGGUAGAGAUACAAUGCUACGUGAUUUGGAAUCUUCUGUUAAUGAAGCGAUGCGAACAUUGCGUCUAGUUGUCGCUGCUAAAAAUGAAAACAACUCUCCUGAUAAUAUAAGCGUUAAUGAGGCAACAGCAAAAUUUCAAGAAUUGCUUGCAGGUCAAGAUCAGAGUAAAGUUGUCAAUAUGAUGCAGCAAUAUUCGGAAAUGUUACUUUCAAUGAUGCAACAAAGAAUGGGAGGAAGUCAAGACAAUCGUUCCUAAAAAAAAGUCCGUCCAUUCGGAAAAUCAAUUGAAUCUUCUAUUCUCCUGAAACUGUGAACAAAAGUUAUGUUUUAUUAGAUAAUGACGUUACUUUCAAGUUUAACUUUGAUUUUUCCCUUAGGCAUGUAUUAGAAAUUCAUUUAUUAUCUAGAAAAGUGAUGAAAGCCUCUGUAAAUCAAAAUUUCAUCGACAUUAAAAAUUUUUUUUGGAAUUCAUUUAAAAGUCAAUGUUAAAAAAUAAAGACAUUAUUUUUGUGUUUUGUAAACAAAUUUUUAGUUAAUUUCUUAUUAAUUUUCAAGUUUGCAAAUUAAUUUUAGAGAAUUUAUUAUAUUAAUAUUAGUGUUAUUAAACAGAGCCAUAUACUGAUGGAAGUAAUGAUUUUUAGAGUAAGUUAUUGAUUAGAAGUUAAUCUCCUUUGCCGAAGAUGUUCAAUUACAUAUUAUUAAUAAUUAUAGUAUAUCACCAAAGGCUAAUAAUGAAUCUAUGAUAUAUUUAUAUAUAUUUAUUCUGGCCUUAUGGAUUUGAAUAUCACAUAAUUUUUGUUUCUUUUCUCUUUAACUUUAUUAACGGAAUAAAUUUCUAAAAGUGGUUUUAUUAAAAAGAUUUUACUAUGUUGUUAAAUUCUCUUAUAAAAAUGGUCGAGAAUAGAUUGUUAACAAUACUUUACAAUUAAUUUUUAAAAUAUUUUUCAAGUUUUAAGAAAUGAUAAAAGAUUUAUAGAUUUUUUUAACAAUAUGUUUUAUAACAAGAAAAAAAAUAUAAAACGUUUUUAAUGCAUAACAAUGUUUGUUGCUUGUUUCAAGAUAAUUUGAUGAAAACAGAAACAAUUCUUCUAUUUUAUUUUAGUGAAAAUUUUGUUUGGGAAAAAUUCUUUUUUGUUUCAGAAUUAAUGAUUAUAAUAAUUUUUGGCAAAUUUUUAAUUAAUUCAAAUUAAAAAAAAAACAAAUAUUGAGUUUAGUAACAGCUUUGUUAUUAAUUUCGAUUUUAUUUACACCUUUGUAAUGUUUGUUAUUGUAAUAUUGAACAACUUAACUUGUCCUUUAUGUGCAUUAAGGGGCCAUUAAAAAACUAAGUGAUGGUAUUUUUAAUCUAUUUUUUACACUCAAUCUCUCAUUUUGUUAAAUAAAAAAUGUUUGACCUCUCCUAGGAGAGUGGCAUAGUUAUUUAAUGGCUCUUUAUAUACUAGAUUGUGCCAUUUUAGAUAAAAUAUUUUAAUCGUUUUUAUUAUUUUAUUUUCAUUGUAAGCUUGAAUAUGGAUCCGUAAAACAAAAAUAUGAACUGCAAUGGAUUCAAAUGCAGCUAAUUUCGAAAAUUUAAAUAUAAUACAAAAAAAUGUUAAGUGUACUAUUAUUAAUUAUUAUAGACAAUUAUCAGAAGAUUACAGUUAUAGUUUUCUACUAUUUGAAAAAUUUGAUUCUUUAAGAUUAGCUUAUUGUUAUCAAGUUACUUGUUCUAAAACUAUUGACUCGUAUGAAAAAAAACAUAUUGGAAUAAAUAUGUAUUGGAUUAAGUAUUGUAUUAAUUAUUGGAUUUAGUAUUAGAUUAAGUAGUGAAUUUAGUAUUAAAUUAAUUCCUGGUUGCCAAAUAUUUUUUUACGUGCAGUAGGUUUUAUAACGGAUUGUAUUUUUGAUGUUUAAUGUAUAUCACUACUGUGCAGUCAAAACAGCCAUAGAAACUUAAUGCACAUCAGGUGAACUCGGUAUUAUUCCAAAUCUUAAUUCAGUAUGUAAUGUAAUACUUAUUCCAAUACAUUAUUUCAUAAGGGAAAGUAAGGUAAAUGCCAAGGUCCGUUACCCAUGAACCAAAAUUAUACUGUUGGAAAUCAUUUAAACAGAAGUAAGAAUUAAUUUUGUAAUACAUAAUUGUUUUAUUUAUUUUUGUUUACAAUUAUCGUAUAAAAUAUAAAGAAUUAUGUUUGUUUAAAUUAUUAUUAUUAUUAUUAUUAUUCACGUGUAACAACUGGGCCACUUGUAUACUUGAUACAUUUCUAAAUUUUUCUCAAUGUUAAAACUUUUACUCGCGUACUUAAAAAUUAAACGAUAUUAAAAAUAUAUUUAAAUAAGACAUAAUUUGAUCAUUUCACGUCAAAAUAUAAUUAACAAAUUUAUCGAUAAGAAAUAUUAAAAAAUAUUCAUAUUUGAGAAAACAAUAAUUGUACCUAUAAUUUGUUAAAUUAUCAAAUAAAUGCUUUUCUAUAAAGUGCGCAUUUUAUAUUUGUUGUAUAAAUUGUAGACAUUUUUAGAAUUUAUAAAUUCUUGUUUAAUUUUUUUUUAACAAUCAAUUUUCUUCUGAUAUAAAAUUAUGUAGGGUAGACAAUUUACGGGCUAUGAAUGUGAAGAGAAAAAUAUUCAAUUAAAUGUAAAAUAAACAUAAUUUCUCAUAAUAUGUAAGUAGUGUUUAGGACACACUAAGUAUUAAAUUAAUUUUUAUUCCAUUAAAAAAAAUAGAAAUCACCUUGAUAAAACCUGACAAAUGUAACAUUCCUUGUACAUUACGUAACUUAUUUAGAAAUCCAUUUUGUACAAUAUGUUAAAAAUUAAUAUAUGACCCUUCAUAUAAACUUA